UAGUACUACUUUAUUUUGCUUCUGUUAUAUAUUCUUGUAUGUUUACAAUCGAGAUGUUAAUCUAGGAUGCUGGGUAUUAAUUUAUCUUGUGCUAAGGACAUCGGUCGCACAUUGGUUUAUACAUUUUGUUCGGCUCACGUGAUAACUAAAUAUGCAGUGGAUGUUACUUUGACUCAGGGUCCUAGUAUGGUCCCUACUAUAGAUGAAUCACGUGCCAUUGCAUUUUUUGUUCGUCCACAUUUACUGCGUAUAUUGCGUGGCAGUCCCGUUCCAAUAUACCGUGACGGUGACAUUGUGAUUGCCAAAUCGCCUACAAAUGCCACUCGUCGUAUUUGCAAGCGUGUCGUUGUAAUUUCACCUGAGCAUCGUGGUGACAUUAUGGUUCCUGAGGGCCACGUGUGGUUAGAAGGUGACAACAAGUCGAACUCCCUUGACAGUCGAUACUACGGCGCCGUAUCAUCUCACUUGUUGCUGGGUCGUGUAUUUCUGGUUAUAUCGCAAAGUACCGGGGUCAGCGUACUCUAACAAUGCCUCGUUCAACGUAACACCAUGUAC